UCAUUCUAAAUGGGUAUUACUCAGAGUUCUAAAUUUUAGAAUGCGGAAGAUAGCCAAUUUAGAUUGCUUUCUGUGCUAUCUAAAGGCUAUGUUUGUCUCUCCUGACCUCAAUAUCUCUGGACAGUGUGAGACAGACAGAAAAGAUGGCGCUUAGUAGGAGCGGCAAUCGCAGGGUAAAACCAUACUCUUUGACUGUGAAGACAUACUCUGCGGCUGGGAAACUUAGUAGGAAAAAUAUUUCUCUCUCUCCUAAUGUUGUUCUUCCUAAUGUUGUUCUUCCCAUUCGCACGAUCGAUGCAUUUAAAGGCUUUCAAGAAAACCUUAACGAAGGUACAAAUAAUUUACGUGGAACUGGAUCUCGAUAUGAAAGGAGGAGAGUGAAUGAAAGCGAAUCCUGGAAGUGUUUGCAAGAUAAUUAAUAAAGUCGUACAUCGAAAAUUGUGCCAUGUUACCAGGACAACUCUGCGUAAAAUGUUUAGAAGAUGGGAUACCAGCAAAGAAAGCAGAAAUUAGAUGUCGUGAUUGCGGUCACGGACAGUUCUACUGUUUUGAGUGUGCGGAAUCCCUUCAUCGAACGAGGAAUGUUUUCCAUUUGGUUGAAGUAUGGAAGACUGAUUUUGAAAUGUUUGUUCCAUUACUUAUUGGUGGUAUAUUAUGUGACAGUCAACAUGCUAACUGCUCUUCAACAGAAUCACGUACUAUAAUAUGUGUGGAUGGAAAAGGUCGGCAGCAUUUAAAAAUUGUUGAAUUCUGUCAGUGUAUUAAGGAUGCUGAAAAACUAAUUAAACUCCAGCUGUGGCCAGGCUCAUCUUCUAAACCCAAAAUUGCAUUUCACUUUGACUUCAUGGAUUUUGCUGAAAAAUUCUUGCUCGAGAGCCAUGUAUCCUUGCACAAAUUUUGCAGCACUGUUGAAGUUGAAUAUCCUGAAAUGCUACCUAGACUGGUCAAAAACAUAUAUAAUGUGUUAAACAAUGGAUCAUUCGAUGAAUACAGAUAUUUCAAACACCAAGUCAGAUCAUUAAAGUUCAUACAGAAAGACCUGAUUGAUUAUAGAAAUUGCCCUCUUUGCCCACAAAGUUGUCAGAUAUUUAAGGCAGGAGAAUUUACAGAAGCACUUCACUCCAAAGGAAAAAAUCAACUGUUUGAUGAAAAAGGAGUGUUUGGUAGUUGUUGCAGUCGGCAUUCACACCCUGGACGAUUUUUCAGCACUAAAUAUGGGGAAAGAAUAUCGUAUUCGCUGUUCCUAAUCCAAAGCAUUUUAAAAGAUGCUGACCAAAGUCCUGGUGUUGAUUUAAAAAUAAUGUAUGAUAUUGGAUGUGUAUUAUCAUCACAUUUAAAGGCAAACAAGAGGCAUGACAUUUUGUCAAAAGUGUCAAUUUCGGUGCCGAUAUUUCAUUGUUAUGGACACAAGGCUUCAUGCCAGGUCAAGUUCAGUCCUAGAAGGCUCGAUGGUUUUGGUCUUACAGAUGGUGAGGCUAUUGAAAGGCUCUGGGCUUACCUUCGUGGGUUCUCAGCCAUUACUAAGGAGAUGUCUGCCAGUAGAAGAGUAGAUCUUUUGACAGACGCUCUUCUUCACUUAUCUCGAAGAAAUUUUAGCAAUGCAGGAAAAUCGUUAACGUCGAAGCUUAAAAAAUGUUUACAACUUAAAAUUAAAACGCAACAAGAAAUGAAGGAUUUAUUUAGCGAACUACCUGUGACGUACGAUCCUGAAAUUGUUUGUCAGUGGGAGGCCAGAGAGAAGGAAAUUAUGUCAAGAGUCUACCCAGAACAUAAAGAAAUCACGGAAAACUGGAAAGUGACGUACGUUCAAAAGCUACUGCAUUUUAAACAACUAAGUGCUACAUUAUUCGGAUGUUUUGAUGAAAACCAGGAGAUAACAUCUGAAGAUUACUCAAUUCAUCAGAUGUCGAAAAAACUAUACCAUCAUACAAAGAAAACGAAAAGAUACUAUCGGAGCUUUACAUGGACUUUCCAUAGAAAGGCAUUUCUUAAUAACAUUGAAAAAGAAGUAUGCAGAUGGUCAGAAAAUUGCCACUCGCUUGUCCAGGCAAAUCACCAAGAUCACGAACAAGAUGAAAUUAACAAUUGAGAAACACAAUGCUGCCAUUGAUUCUCUUCGUGAUUUUAUAAACAGUUUACCCGAUCGUCUGACAUUUGACAAAGCGAAAGAUCCUACAUCAGACC